AUGCCUUAUGUCGACCUGUUCUCGCGCGAUGACUUCGCUCAGCUGUACUACCACACGAACUCGCAGUCAGGCUCAGUGUCUGACUUUGAUCCCGCCAAAGCCACAAUCGUGCUCUUACAUCCGUUCAUAUUCGACUGCACAUGGACAGCUAGCCAGAUGGGAGACCCGCGGCUGGGUGAUCGGUACAACAUCAUCGCCUUCGACUCGCGCUUCUCGGGAAAGUCGCGUACGAAGUUGACGGGCAAGUUGGACUAUUGGGUAUUGGCAGCGGACAUCGCAUAUGCGUUCCAGACAUUGCGCUUAGCACCCGCACAUUUCUGGGCCGAGGAAGCGGAAUCGACAAAUGUUGCCAUGCGGUUCGCCAUGCUAUUCCCAGAGAUGUGUUUGAGCUUAGCGUUGGUCUCUGUGGCCCCGCCGACCGAAUCACGGAGGUACCUCACAUCUGCGGACGAGAUCCUGCGAAUGUGGGGUUUCGCUGAGAGUCUCGAAGACUACGAGCACGCCUGCCAAGAGCUUGUAGAACUGACCGUUGGAAAUGACAUACCUGAAGAUGAACUGGAUAGGGUCGUAGCGUUCUGGCAGCAGACAUAUCCACCCACGCAUCGUGCACGUUUCAUGGGCCUCAUGAGUUUAAUGUUGAAUAGAGUACCAUUGACUCCAUCGCAAGUUGAUAAUAUACACCAACCGGUAUUGUUGAUACAUGGCGACAAGAACGAGCAUCACCCGCUCAAGUACGCGGAACGCUUGCAGUCACGUUUACGCUAUGCCAAAGACGGGGCGCGACUUAGCGUCUUACGCGGGUGCGGCGGUUACAUUUCCCUACAACCUUCAGCAGCUUCCAUCGCCAACCGCUUCUACGCCAACUUCCUCUCCUCAUUACCUCCCACUCGCUCCGAUUUCUUUACGCGUCCUCUCUCAAUCCCAAGACGUAUGGCCAUCGCGCUGCAAGACCUCUCGGACAUUGUACACAAUCCAGACGUGGAGGACCGCGACCCGUCUUCGUGCCUUUCCUUCUCCCUCAUCCCGCCAGACAUAGCGAAGAUGCAGCAGGAGGGAUUCACGAGAUAUCAUCGCGGACAGAAGAGCGCCUAUUCGCCCAUACGGCCAGACGGGCGGCCAUUCAGAGAGUUUUCCGCGCGGCGCGACGACCACUGGUUUACGAGCGACGGUGUCGACAUGCUAUCCUAUGCGACCGGCAGAGCCGUUUCCCAAAAUAUACAAGAGAAACGCAAGGGCUCCCUCCCUUCCCCGAACCUCCCCCUCAUGAAAGAGUUACCCGAGACGUAUUCAGACUCGACACCACCAACUCCUAACGAAUACAGCCUCACCCUGAAGCUCCAGCGAACGGCCUCCAACACUCAAGCGGCGAUUGAACGCCUGAGCAAUGGCAGGAAUACGUCUUCGCGCGGCUCGCUCAUCAACGGAACCCCUCUUACUCGUUACCUAUCCCCAUAG